AUGGACAUAAAACAACCUAUGCAACAACAGUACUAUUCUCCACUUCAUCCUCGAUCCCCUCAUCCAUCCCCUGUUCCUUAUCUAUUAAAUUUGAAUACUGUCAGUCCAAAUGUCAGCCCAAAUAUCAGUCCAACUAUUGACUCAAAUAUCUAUCCAGCUAUUAAUUCAAAAAUCAACCCAACUAUGAAUUCAGAAAUCAAUCCAUAUAAUAGUACAAUCAUUCAAGUAACCGCUAGUUCAGCAGAAGUAGAUGAGAAAAACAUAUGUUGUAUUUGUCGUCGAGAACAACGAAAAAUAAAGGAAUCAUGGGCUUGUAUUGUUCUCUUAACUAUUGUUAUUAUAAUUGUUAUCUUAAUAGCAGUUGCUUUGGCCAUUUUGGGCGAAUCAAGGAAGAAUUC